AUGGAUGAUGCCUUUGAACCCCUUUUCUUUGUGGAAAGAAAGUUUCAAGAUCUUUAUUUCCGCUGUUCUCUUUCAAAGAACGUCUUUUCUGUCAAAGGCCGCAGAAGAUGCACCCAGAAAGCCCCACUGGAGACCCAGGAGAAAAGGAACAGGAUCCAGAUCCCAAAUCACUACCAUCAUUACAGUCUCAUUCAGACUCUGGCCCAGGCCUUGAAUGCCGCUUAUUCCUCCAGAUUGAGGAGGAGAAGGAAGGAGGGAGAAAAGACUUUGGGGUCUCCAAGGCUGCAGCCGUGGCAGUCCCUGCCUCAGUCCAAAUGUGUGGAAAGUUGCCAUCCUGGAUUUGUCAAGAGGGCUCGAGAAGGAGAGCCAGUUUGCUGCUAUGACUGCGUUCCUUGUCCGGAGGGGACCUUCUCCACUCAGGAAGAUACCGAAAAAUGCACCAAGUGCCCAGAUUAUAAAUACCCAAAUAAGGACCGAGUUCAGUGUAUCCCCAAAGUCAUAACCUUCCUGUCUUAUGAAGAACUUCUGGGCAUCAUCCUGGUUUCUUUUGCCCUAUUCUUGUUCUUAAUCACAGACCUUGUUUUAAUCAUCUUUAUUAAAUACCGAGAAACUCCUCUUGUCAAAGCCAACAACCGGGACUUCUCCUACAUCCUCCUGGUCUCCCUCCUGCUUUGCUUCUUGUCUCCUUCUCUCUUCAUUGGUCAACCAAGGAAAGCCACCUGCCUUCUCCGUCAGACAGUUUUCAGCAUCAUCUUCUCAGUUGCCGUUUCUUCUCUCUUGGACAAAACCAUCACAGUGGUGCUGGCCUUCCUGGCCACAAAACCAGGAAACCGAGUGAAGAGAUGGUUGGGGAAGAGCUUGGCCAACUCCAUCAUCCUGUCUUCUUCUUCUGUCCAAAUUAUCAUCUGCUCCAUCUGGCUGGGAGUUUCUCCCCCCUUCCCUGACUCUGACCUCCACUCCCAGCCUGGAGAGAUCAUCCUGCAAUGCAACGAAGGGGCCGUUGUCAUGUUCUACGUCACCCUCAGCUACAUGGGCUUCCUGGCUGCCAUCUGCUUCACGGUGGCUUUCCUGGCCAGGAACCUGCCUGGGGCCUUCAACGAAGCCAAGCUGAUCACCUUCAGCAUGCUGGUCUUCUGCAGUGUCUGGGUGACUUUUGUGCCCACCUACCUGAGCACCAAAGGGAAAUCCAUGGUGGCUGUGCAGGUCUUCUCCAUCCUGGCCUCCAGUGCUGGUCUGCUGGGCUGCAUCUUCAUCCCCAAGUGCUACAUUAUCCUUCUGAGGCCAGACCUCAACACAAAGGAGCAGCUCACAGCCAGAACAAAUGUAAAAACAUGAGAUAUAACACAAAUGUGAUAUUGAAAGAAUUGUUAAAAGUUUCUUUUAUUUGAAAGGAGAUAUUCUUUCCAUUUAGAUAGUAAGCAGGAGUCAAAGAAAAUCAUACGUAUAUGUUUCAAAUUUGGAAAUUAUUGUAUUCUUCACAGCUUACAGCCAGAAGAAAUGUGUAAAUGUGAGACUGAGGAAUUUCAACUUUUAACAUGUUCCACAGUCCAAACAUAGAAAAUGGUCCAAGCUGCUCUGCAUGCAUGAGUGGGCCAAUUAUUUUUAUUGAAAUAAAUAAAGGGUGUGUGGAAGAUUGUGAGGAGACAAAUUUCUUGGAGAAAUUGGAGUAUAUUAGCAAGACAGAAAUAUAGAAGGAAUGUAUGGAGCAACGUUGAUGCCCUCAUUUCUCAGUACAUUUCACCCAAACUGCUGUGGCAACGUAACUGAGACAUUUCAUUUUGUUUACACAAUAACUCUUUCUUGAGGGUAGCAACAAUACAAGGCUGGGGAGGUAACUUGCUAAUUCUGAAUAUUCAUGCUUACAUCAUCUAUUAAAUGAAAUAUGCAUAUGUACGAUUGUCCUUUUCUCCUCCUUUCCUGGAAUGUAUAAAUAUGAGUGCAUCCUUUUGUCUCUAAAUAUUUCCUCCCACUAUUUUCUGGGGAGAAAUUCCUCCAAUGGACACUGAAUAAAUAACAACUGCAGUGAGCCUG